AUUGGACAACGUACUAUUAUGCUAUUCAGAAGCACUUAGACCGUUGACAGGGGAAAGACCAACAUUUGGAUACGGGAACAAUGGCGACGGAAUGAACGAUGGGGCACAAUGUAUGGAUUACCUCCAACUCGUAGUAUAUGUUCCCAGCUCGUAGAACGCAUGGAGGCGGUGCAACUGUGUUAGGAGCAGUGACGGUAAGCAGGUUUUCGCUGCCCAUCAGGCCGUCACGUCCUAAGAUUCUGAACAUGACCAAAGCAGAAAUGUACAGUCCAGUCCAGUCCGGCACAAAUGCACAAUGGCUGCGGCACAGCUGCAGAUCACGAUAGGUUGCCGUUGUCGCUGCACAUUUUCGAAGGUUUGUAAACUCAGGAGGCACCGGCGAUUGUAACGAACUGAGCUGACAGUGCGGAUCACGGGAUCAGUCAACUCAAGCACACGCAACACGUAUAUAUAUAUAUAUAUCGCGGCCUACCGUUCAAACGUGGCCACAUGCGCGUGCCAAUUCAAACGAGUGGAGCAGCAGCUAACUUAGCCAUUGCAAACAUUGCCAUGGAGCAGAGCGGCCGCGUCGCCGUGCCGCUCACUGCCUUAGCACUCCUCGCCGUCGUAGCCGCCGGCGUCGCGCUGCCGCCCGCUCCUUCCUCCGGCACCGGCAUCCAAGACGGCCGCGGCAGCGAGCACUCACUACGGCACGUCCCGGACGAACCCCAGAAGGCGCCGCCGACGAGUGUCCAUGCUCGACCAAUCAACAAGAAGGUGACGCGAGGCAAGAUCGAGGCCGGCUUAGCUCGGUCCCGGGCGGCCAUCCGCCGGGCGGCUCGCGCGACGCCGCCGUCCGACGAGAGCAUCCGCCGCCGCGGCUCAGCCUCCACGGUCGUCGCCGCGGCGGGCGACGACGACUACGUGCCGCGCGGCGCCAUCUACCGCAACGCGCGUGCAUUCCACAGGAGCUACGUGGAGAUGGAGAGGAGGUUCAAGAUCUGGACGUACAGGGAAGGGGAGCCGCCGGUGGCGCACAUCGGGCCGGGCACCGACAUCUACUCCAUCGAGGGGCAGUUCAUGUACGAGAUGGACGACCCGCGGAGCCGCUUCGCCGCGCGGCGCCCCGACGACGCCCACGCCUUCCUCCUCCCCAUCAGCGUCUGCAACCUCGUCCACUACGUCUACCGCCUCAACGCCACCGGCGACCUCGCGCCGCUGCGUGGCCUCGUCGCCGACUACGUCCGCGUCGUCGCCGAGCGCUACCCCUACUGGAACCGCUCCCGCGGCGCCGACCACGUCAUCGUCUCCUGCCACGACUGGGCGCCGAUGGUGACCAGCGCGCACCGGCAGCUGUACGGCAACGCGAUCCGGGUGCUGUGCAACGCCAACACGUCGGAGGGGUUCAGGCCGCGGAAGGACGCGACGCUGCCGGAGGUAAACCUCGCCGACGGCGUCCUCCGGCGCCCGACCGCGGGGCUACCGCCGGAGAACCGCACCACGCUCGCCUUCUUCGCCGGCGGCAGGCACGGCCACAUCCGCGAAUCGCUCCUACGGCACUGGCUGAUCGGGAACAAGGGCGGCGCCGCCGCCGACGGCGACGGCGACGGGGACAUGCGCGUCCACGAGUACCUCCCCGCCGGCGAGGACUACCACGCGCAGAUGGCCGCCGCGCGGUUCUGCCUGUGCCCGAGCGGCUUCGAGGUGGCCAGCCCGAGGGUGGUGGAGUCCGUGUUCGCCGGGUGCGUGCCGGUGAUCAUCUCGGAGGGCUACCCGCCGCCGUUCGGCGACGUGCUGGACUGGGGCAAGAUGUCGGUGGCCGUGCCGGCGGCGAGGAUACCGGAGCUGAGGGCCAUCCUGCGGCGGGUGUCGGAGCGGAGGUACCGGGUGCUGCGCGCCCGGGUGCUGCAGGCGCAGCGCCACUUCGUGCUCCACCGCCCGGCGCGCCGGUUCGACAUGAUCCACAUGGUGCUCCACUCCAUCUGGCUCAGGCGGCUCAACGUCAGGCUCCCCUACUGAUGAUCAGUCGAUGCUGUCGAUUAUUUAUCUGCGUGUAACAUGUGUGUAAUAUGUUUUUCCUCGACGAUAUCAUCAUUAAUUUUUAAUUUUCGGUAUGUUCAAAAAUAGAUAGUAAAGUGUUUUUCAGCAUGCUCGUUGCCCCCCCUUGGUAAAGGGGAAGCUAUUUUCAUCCCUCGAGGGGAUAUCGAGGUCCCCUCGUUGGUAAAGGGACAAUUACUUGGGAGGAACGUCUUGCAAAAAGGCAAAAACCAAAUAUAUCAACAUAUGUCCACA